CAAUGAUCUUUGUGCUGCGAUGCUGUUGGGAAACUGGGCCCAGGCCGUCUAAUGUAACAGUUAACUGCCUGUGCAUGGUGCAGCAUUAAGAUCAGCUCAGAUCCUUUUCGAAGACAAAAUGGACAAACAGCGCAGUUGGAUCGUCGCCUCGGUUGUGCUUCUUCUCUUCGCUGCUGUGACUCUGCUCCUGCUCACCGUGCACGUGGACGAGAUCCAGGAACCUCCACAAUAUACGUAUGGGAUUGUGCUGGAUGCUGGUUCCUCUCACACGACCGUCUAUGUGUACAGAUGGCCGGCGGACAAACAGAACGGCACGGGUGUGGUUACCCAACACAGCGAGUGCAAGGUGAAAGGAGGAGGGAUUUCCAGCUAUGCUGGUCAGCAAGGGGCUGCAGGCCGCAGUCUGGAAGCGUGUCUCUAUCGAGCCAUGGUGGACAUUCCCCAAGCACGGCAUCACCUCACACCUGUGUACCUGGGAGCUACGGCCGGCAUGAGGCUCCUGAACAUCUCCAGCCCUGAGAAGUCAAUGCAGGUUCUUCAGGAAGUGGCAGCAACGAUCAAAUCCUUUCCUUUUAAAUUUCAAACUGUGAAAAUCUUAAGUGGGAAGGAGGAAGGGGCAUACGGAUGGGUCACUGUCAACUAUCUGCUAGAAAACUUCAUCAAGUAUGGCUUUGUAGGUCGGUGGCUAAACUCCGGCAGACAGACGGUUGGAGCGCUGGAUUUAGGAGGAGCGUCCACUCAGAUUACAUUUGUCAGCAAGGAGAAAAUUGAGGAUUUAGAGAACAGCAUGACUUUGCGUCUCUAUGGCCAGGACUAUUCUCUGUACACACACAGCUACCUGUGCUACGGACAAAACGAAGUUCUACGCCGGCUCCUGGCCCACCUGCUUACGACCCAAGACAUCACAGGCAUCGUGCACCAUCCGUGUUACCCAUCAGACCACAGAGAGACCCUGAACCUGCAACAAGUGUUUGAGUCGCCUUGCAUUACAUCACAGCGUCCUGCUGUAUCUAACACUGAGACAUCAGCGAUCGUACAGGGCACAGGCAACUACCAGCACUGUCUGGGGAACAUCUCUGAGAUUUUCUCCUUCCAGAACUGUUUGUUCUCGCAGUGUUCUUUCGAUGGAGUCUUCCAGCCCAACACCAGUGGCAGCUUCAUGGCUUUUUCAGCCUUCUUCUUCACACACAGCUUCAUGAAGAAGAGCACAGGCAUUUACAUCAGCACACCGGAUCACCUCAGACAGGCCGCUCAGUCCGUGUGUAACAUGACCUUCGUGAAGAUGUCUAAGGAUUUUCCAGAACAAAAGUCAUACCUGAAGGAUUACUGUGCAGUUACUGUGUACAUCCAGGUUCUUAUGCUGAGGGGCUAUCGGUUUGACGAUCAAUCCUUAACCAGAGUUUCCUUUCAGAACAAGGCCGGGGACUCGUCUCUGGGCUGGUCGUUGGGUUACAUGCUAAGCAUGAGCAGUAUGUUACCCGAGGAGAGUGUGAAUUUGAGAAGAGCCCUGCAUCCUGGAGCCUGGAUCUCCCUCCUGCUUCUCAUAGCACUCCUCAUCAGCACCACCCUCAUCUUCAUCAUUCUCCAAGUCUGCCAAAAGAAGAGUAAUGUUUGAUCGUGACCACUGGGAGGCGGAUAAGGACUGCGACUGCACAACUUUUAGAACUUUGAGAUAAACUGGAAAUAAUAAAAUUACUUUUAACCUCAUAGUUAAAGCAAAACUCCUUUUGCACU